ACUCAAACCAGGGCUGGUGAAAAAAUAUAUUUAUAUUUAUUUUUACUCGGGUGAUUUUUUUCGCCCAUCCCUGACGUCGACAUGGCCCAUUCCGACCCAAAAAUCUGCCAUUUUGUCAAAACUCCCAGCGGCAUCUAGACGUCCGUAACUCUUUCCACGUUAACAUGUCGGGAGGCUUAGAUAUUCUGUCCCUCAAGGAGGACGACAUCACCAAGAUGUUGGUGGCCACCACCCACCUGGGCUCCGAGAACGUCAACUUCCAGAUGGAGCAGUACGUGUACAAGCGCCGCGCCGACGGCGUCAACAUCCUGAACCUGGGCAAGACCUGGGAGAAGCUGCAGCUGGCGGCCCGCGCCAUCGUGGCCAUCGACAACCCCUCGGAUGUCUUUGUCAUCUCGUCGCGUCCCAUCGGCCAGCGCGCCGUGCUGAAGUUCGCCAAGUACACGGACACCACUCCCAUCGCCGGCCGCUUCACGCCCGGUGCCUUCACCAACCAGAUCCAGCCCGCCUUCCGCGAGCCCCGUCUGCUGGUGGUGACCGACCCGAACACCGAUCACCAGCCCAUCAUGGAGGCCAGCUACGUGAACAUCCCCGUGAUCGCCUUCACGAACACCGACUCGCCGCUGCGCUACAUCGACAUUGCCAUUCCAUGCAACAACAAGUCGACCCACUCCAUCGGUCUGAUGUGGUGGCUGUUGGCCCGUGAGGUGCUCCGCCUGCGCGGCACCAUCUCCCGCAGCGUCGAGUGGCCCGUGGUCGUCGAUCUGUUCUUCUACCGCGAUCCCGAGGAGGCCGAGAAGGAGGAGGCCGCCGCCAAGGAGCUGCUGCCCCCACCGAAGAUUGAGGAGGCCGUCGACCAUCCGGUCGAGGAGACCACCAACUGGGCCGAUGAGGUGGCCGCCGAGACCGUUGGCGGAGUGGAGGACUGGAACGAGGACACCGUCAAGACCUCCUGGGGCAGCGACGGCCAGUUCUAAGGAGUCUGCGUCCGAGCCACAGAUGGCACUACACCAGCACCGCGUUUUGUUGUCAGGCGCCUCUGCCGCGGCACAAAUAAACAUCUUUGUUUAUAUCUAA